GGAGAAAGAAGACGUCGCCGCCACCGGAGGCGGAGGGGGAGGACGGACGGCCGAGAGCGUCGCCGCCGGUGCCCAACGGUCGGUGUCCCCCGGCUGAGGCAGCGCGGCCGCAGCAGCCCUGUUUGAUCUGUGGAUGAAAUGAAUCAUGAUUUUCAAGCUCUUGCAUUAGAAUCUCGGGGAAUGGGAGAGAUGCAGAAAGAGAGUCCAGUCACUCCUUUGGGCCACAAGAGGGCACUCUGCAGCUAGCUAACCCUCCCUUUCUUCAGAACAGCGUUUUCCAAAGAGUUUGUCAUUUUCAGAGGACUGAUUUAAGGGCAGCAGGGAACCUUCUGGGAUUUCCUUCUUUGCCUGUCUCUCUCUCACCAGUCUUCUCCUCCUUUACUGACAGCUUUUGCCUACCAAAAAGUUUUGGGAACCUGAUGAUUCAACAAAAGAUGGACAAAAAGGCAUAUUUCUUGGGGAUGAUGAAUGGAGAGAGACUGCAUGGGGAACUUCUCAUCAUUCAAUGUCCCAGCCUAUUAUGGUGCAGAGAAGAUCUGGACAGAGUUUUCAUGGAAACAGUGAAGUAAAUGCAAUUCUUUCUCCGCGCUCAGAAAGUGGAGGCCUUGGUGUGAGCAUGGUAGAAUAUGUAUUAAGUUCCUCUCCUGCUGAUAAAUUGGAUUCUCGAUUUAGGAAGGGAACUUUUGGUACUAGAGAUGCUGAAACAGAUGGACCUGAGAAAGGAGAUCAAAAAGGCAAGGCUUCUCCAUUUGAGGAGGACCAAAACAGAGAUCUUAAACAAGAUGAUGAGGACUCUAAAAUAAAUGGCAGAGGUUUGCCAAAUGGAAUGGAUGCCGAUUGCAAAGAUUUUAAUCGCACUCCUGGAAGUCGCCAAGCCUCUCCAACUGAAGUAGUUGAGCGCCUUGGCCCUAGUACUAAUCCCCCAGAAGGAUUGGGCCCUCUUCCUAAUCCGACAGCGAAUAAACCACUUGUUGAAGAAUUUUCAAACCCUGAAACUCAGAAUCUGGAUGCAAUGGACCAAGUUGGUCUGGAUUCCUUACAGUUUGACUAUCCUGGUAAUCAGGUACCCAUGGAUUCUUCAGGAGCUACUGUAGGCCUUUUUGACUACAAUUCCCAACAGCAGCUCUUUCAGAGGACUAACGCACUAACAGUUCAGCAGUUAACUGCAGCUCAACAGCAGCAAUAUGCAUUAGCAGCAGCUCAGCAGCCACAUAUAGCUGGUGUAUUCUCAGCAGGCCUUGCUCCAGCUGCAUUUGUGCCAAAUCCAUAUAUUAUUAGUGCUGCUCCUCCAGGGACCGACCCGUAUACUGCAGCAGGAUUGGCUGCAGCAGCAACAUUAGCAGGUCCAGCAGUGGUUCCACCUCAGUAUUACGGUGUUCCAUGGGGAGUGUAUCCAGCUAAUUUAUUUCAGCAACAAGCUGCAGCUGCGGCAAGCAACACAGCCAACCAGCAAGCAGCAUCACAAGCUCAGCCUGGACAGCAGCAGGUUCUUCGUCCUGGAGCAGGUCAGCGUCCUAUUACUCCCAGUCAGGGCCAGCAAGGGCAGCAAGCAGAGUCACUUGCAGCAGCUGCAAACCCAACUUUGGCUUUUGGUCAGAGUCUUGCUGCAGGCAUGCCAGGCUAUCAAGUACUAGCUCCAACUGCCUAUUAUGAUCAGACUGGUGCCUUAGUGGUUGGCCCUGGAGCAAGAACUGGCCUUGGAGCUCCAGUACGAUUAAUGGCUCCAACACCUGUCUUAAUUAGUUCAGCAGCAGCAGCACAAGCUGCAGCAGCAGCAGCAGCUGGAGGAACUGCAAAUAGUCUUACAGGCAGCACAAAUGGCCUGUUUCGGCCAAUUGGCACUCAGCCACCACAGCAGCAGCAGCAGCAGCAGCAACCAAGCACUAACCUGCAGUCUAAUUCAUUUUAUGGGAGCAGCUCUUUGACUAACAGCUCCCAGAGCAGCUCUUUAUUUUCUCAUGGACCUGGCCAACCUGGAAGUGCGUCUCUUGGCUUUGGAAGUGGUAGCUCUUUAGGAGCUGCUAUUGGCUCAGCUCUCAGUGGAUUUGGCUCAUCAGUUGGCAGUUCUGCAAGUAGUAGUGCCACAAGGAGAGAGUCUCUAUCUACUAGCUCUGACUUGUACAAAAGAUCUAGUAGCAGCCUAGCACCCAUAGGGCAACCAUUUUACAAUAGUCUGGGAUUUUCCUCCUCUCCAAGUCCAAUAGGCAUGCCUCUGCCAAGCCAAACUCCAGGACAUUCACUUACGCCACCGCCAUCACUUUCAUCACAUGGAUCCUCAUCCAGUUUGCAUUUAGGAGGCCUGACAAACGGUAGUGGUCGGUAUAUCUCUGCAGCACCUGGAGCAGAAGCAAAGUACCGAAGUGCUUCAAGCACUUCCAGUCUAUUUAGCUCCAGCAGCCAGCUCUUUCCUCCUUCUCGGCUCCGCUAUAAUAGAUCUGAUAUCAUGCCCUCCGGCCGCAGUAGGUUAUUGGAAGAUUUCAGGAACAACCGCUUCCCCAACCUUCAACUCAGAGACUUAAUUGGACAUAUAGUCGAGUUUUCUCAAGACCAGCAUGGUUCCAGAUUCAUACAGCAAAAGCUAGAGAGAGCUACUCCAGCUGAGAGACAGAUGGUAUUUAAUGAAAUUCUACAGGCAGCCUAUCAAUUAAUGACAGAUGUUUUUGGAAACUAUGUUAUACAGAAGUUUUUUGAGUUUGGAAGUUUGGAUCAGAAACUAGCCCUGGCUACUCGCAUUCGCGGUCAUGUUCUACCAUUAGCCUUGCAGAUGUAUGGCUGCCGUGUUAUUCAAAAAGCAUUAGAAUCUAUUUCUUCUGAUCAGCAGGUAAUUAGUGAAAUGGUUAAGGAACUAGAUGGCCAUGUACUUAAAUGUGUGAAAGAUCAGAAUGGAAACCACGUUGUACAGAAAUGCAUUGAGUGUGUUCAGCCACAGGCACUGCAGUUCAUCAUCGAUGCGUUCAAAGGACAGGUAUUUGUGCUUUCAACCCAUCCUUAUGGCUGCAGAGUCAUUCAGCGUAUCUUAGAGCACUGCACCGCAGAGCAGACCUCACCCAUCUUAGAAGAACUUCACCAACACACAGAACAGUUGGUUCAGGAUCAGUAUGGCAAUUAUGUUAUUCAGCAUGUACUGGAACAUGGUCGACCUGAAGACAAGAGCAAAAUUGUUUCCGAAAUCAGAGGAAAGGUCUUAGCCCUGAGUCAACACAAAUUUGCCAGCAAUGUAGUAGAAAAGUGUGUUACUCACGCCUCCCGUGCUGAGAGAGCUUUACUGAUUGAUGAGGUCUGCUGUCAGAAUGAUGGUCCUCACAGUGCCUUAUACACCAUGAUGAAGGAUCAGUAUGCCAACUAUGUGGUUCAGAAGAUGAUUGAUAUGGCUGAGCCUGCGCAGAGAAAGAUAAUCAUGCACAAGAUUCGACCUCAUAUUACUACUCUUCGCAAAUACACAUAUGGGAAGCAUAUACUGGCCAAGUUGGAAAAAUACUAUUUGAAAAACAGCCCAGAUCUAGGGCCAAUUGGAGGACCACCAAAUGGAAUGCUGUAAGGACAAACGAGAAGAUGAUUUAACCAUGUUCAAAGAAUGGGUUUUCUUUGUGAAUUAUCAAAACACAAUUCAACUAUGAAUCUUUGAUUUUUUUUUAAAGCAAAACUAUUUAUUGACUUUCUUCAUCCAUUUGUAAAUUUUUAAGGUUCUUGUGUAUAUUUAGGGGGUGGGGGUGGUGAAUUAUAAAUUAUAUUCAACCCUGAGUGGAGACCUAUCAGAUUGGAUUUCUGGUGAAGCACAGAAUGCCUGUAUAUGAUGUAACUGUGUCCCCCCCCUGUCCCCCACCAAAAAAAAAAAAGGAAAAAAAGUUGUCACAUAUUUUGUAAAUUUAUACCUUGUAAAGUCACAAAAAAUAGUUUUUAAAGGGAAAAGUACAAUAUUUUAAUAAACUGGCUUGCAGUCUGGUAGGUCUACAACCCCAUAGCACAACAGGUUUAUAGAGAUGUAUAUAGAAUUAUAGUUCUUAUUUUUUUCCUUUGUGUGAAGCCUUUUAUAACAGAUUAACAAUCAACUGCAUAAAUAUUAUUAAUAUUUUAAAAAGAAAGUUAAGUUGUAUUUUGGUAAUUCACAAACUAUCAUGCAAAGAAAAACUCAGAAAGACAGAAAAGAAUAAAAUGAUUUGAGAUAACAUUAUUUACAGUGGAUGUGGUUUUAAUAAAAUUACUGCCCUAUAAUGUCCCUGACAAUGUACAGAAUUGUAUAUACUUAUAACUGUAAUGAGUUAGAAACAAAAUCAUGGUGGCACUUCCAUUCAGUUAAAACUGCACUGAAUGAAAAGUUAAAUCCCACACUAACUUUUCCAUUUGGUUUGCAACAAGAAUGGAUGGAGAUUUGUAUUUCGUUCUGAUUAUAGAAUUGCUAGGCUGUUGAGGAAGUGUUGUUUACUCUGCGUUUUCAUAGUCGAUACAUAAAGUAGGACCCCGAUAGAGGAGAGAGGCCGCUGAGAAGUGAAGUGAUAGCUCAGCAUUUACGCAUGAUUGCAUAGUCAGAGAGCUUUUUCCCUUCCUAUAAAUAAACGCAUUGUGUGUGUAGGGUAGAUGUAAGUUUAGAAUUUGAAAGCAAAUCUUGUUUCAGUGUUUGUUAUGAAAGCCUUGCUAAUUUCAUAGUGACGUUCCUUGGUUGUACAGGUGUACAUUUGUAAACCUUCAUGCUGUAAAUGGAAUCUGUUUUCUCUCUUCGGGAAACAUUUGCAUCUUAGUGUACAUUUCCAUCCCUGCCCCUUAACCUGGCAAUAUAGUGUUGUAUAAUGUACAUUGAUUUCUCCAAAUCGAGAGUGAUUUUUACAAAUUUUUUAUCUUUAUAUGGUUUCAGAAGUAUGAACCAGCUUUCUUGUUAUUCUUGUGGGAGACAUUUUGUUUUAUAACAUAGUUGUUGACUCUGUUAAUAACGGACGUGCUAGGAUCUGGAUCACUUUCAAUUGAUGUCAGGGUAUUGUGCAUAAUGAAUAGAAAGUAUUGGACUGAGAUUGAUUACCACAGAGGCCAAUGCUUUUUCCAUCUUUAAAUGUGAUGUGACUUUUUUUCUUUGUACAGAAGAGUACUGUAUUUUUGAAUAGCCUACUCCCAAGUAAGAGCAAAUCUGUAUGAUAACAUUUUUUUCCUCUGGACAUAAGUCAUUAUAACAGUAACAUGAUGUACAUUUACAAGCGGCCUUAUGUACAUUUCCCAACAAUCUUUUUAAGGCAAAAUUGUGACCAUAUGUGUAUAAUUAAAAUCGUUUUUAAUCCUU